CUCUCGGCGUCCCUGAGCCUCGGGAUGGGAUUGAGCACCGAGGCGGCCUGAGGAGACGGGAGAGCGGGGAGGGGACGGUAGCUUAGCACGGUGCCUCCCCUUCCUCGCUGACGGUUUGCGGGCGGAGACGCAUGGUGAGAAUGGCCGAGGAACGGAAGUGGAGCAGGUGGGCUUGGAGACGACUCCGGAUGGCUGAACAGACGGAUGCAAAGGAGCCAUGCGAGCUUGUGGGUAAACAGCUGGGCGAACCAGGAAGGUUUGCAUAUGCAGCUCUCUGUGGGAUAUCUCUGGCUUGCUUGUUUCCUGAAAAGGAGCAAAGCACCUUUAAGAUGGAAUUCAUUGACGGCUUGGUGAAAUGGCUUGAGUUGUCAGACGCCGUCUUGCCUGCCAUGACUGCGUUCACCAGCGGUUUGGGUGGCGAAGGCGCAGAAACUUUUGCUCAGAUUUUACUGAAGGAUCCUGUCUUGGUAAAUAAUCCAGUCAUCAUUACACAAGAUCUUGUGUCCUUCUCUCUUAAGGAUGGCUAUUACGAUGCCCGAGCGAGGGUGCUGAUCUGCCAUGUCACUUGGCUGCUGAGAAUCCCUUUAGAGGAGCUGGAAGUCUUGGAAGAGUCUCUACUUGAGAGCCUGAAGGAGCAGGAGGAGGAAGAGUCAGAAACUGCAGAAGCAUCAAGAAGAAAGAAAGAAAGGAAGCGGAAAUUGAGAAGAUACUUGAUGAUUGGCUUGGCAACAGUAGGGGGCGGAACAGUGAUAGGUUUGACUGGGGGUCUUGCUGCCCCUCUUGUUGCUGCUGGAGCUGCAACUAUCAUUGGAAGUGCUGGGGCAGCAGCUUUAGGGUCAACAGCAGGAAUCGCUGUCAUGGCAUCGCUCUUUGGAGCAGCGGGAGCUGGCCUUACCGGCUACAAGAUGAAGAAGCGAGUGGGAGCCAUCGAAGAGUUCGAAUUCCUCCCUUUAACUGAAGGGAAACAACUUCAUAUCACCAUAGCCAUCACUGGCUGGUUGUGUACUGGGAAAUACGGCAGUUUCACAGCUCCAUGGAGCAGCAUGUUGCAGUCCAGUGAGCAGUAUUGUCUGGCCUGGGAAUCCAAGUACCUGAUGGAGUUGGGCAACGCUCUGGAUUCACUGCUAAAUGGUUUUGUGAACAUGAUGGCUCAGGAAGCCCUGAAGUUCACUGUAUUAUCAGGCAUAGUGACAGCCCUGACAUGGCCAGCUUCACUUCUUACUGUUGCCAGUGUCAUUGACAACCCUUGGGGAGUGUGCCUGAAUCGAUCAGCUGAAGUGGGCAAACAUCUGGCACAGAUAUUGCUCAGUCGACAGCAGGGCAGACGACCUGUCACUUUGAUUGGCUUCAGUCUCGGCGCAAGGGUCAUUUACUUCUGCCUGAAGGAGAUGGCUCAAGAAAAAGACUGUGAGGGGAUCAUCGAGGAUGUGGUCCUGCUGGGAGCUCCAGUGGAAGGAGAUGCCAAGUACUGGAAAACUUUCACGAAGGUGGUGUCGGGCAGGAUCAUAAAUGGCUAUUGCAGGGGAGACUGGCUGCUGAGUUUUGUCUACCGGACCUCCUCUGCUCAGCUCAAUGUUGCAGGCCUUCAGCCAGUCAGCCUGGAUGACAGGAGGAUGGUUAAUAUGGAUCUUUCAUCUGUAGUCAAUGGCCACCUGGACUACAUGAAGCAAAUGGACACUAUCCUGAAGGCUGUGGGCAUUAAAACCAAGGAGUGUCGUCUGGAGGAGAAGGGGAAUCCCAGCCUUUUCUCCAACCAGGGUCAGAAAAGUCAACCACCAGCCGGCAGUGAGAGUUAGGAAGAGGAAAGCACCUUGGGAGAUGAUAAAUCCAACAGCUGUGAUCACUGGUCCUGGCAGCCUGUACCCAGCGAAGGACUGCAGCCUAGUGACAGGAACUCGGAUCUUGCACACCCUGAGGUUUCUGAAUUUCCAUGCUCUUUGGAUGCCAGCAGAGACCAGAACCCAGCCAAACUGGAAAAACCUUUACCGGCCAACCCUCUGCCCUGCCCUGAUUCUGCUGCUCAUGUCCUGGGAGGAACCUUCCUUCCCUGCCCGGGCUGUUCAGACACAAAUGACCUCAAAAAGCUGGCAGUACACCAAGGUCUGGACUGAAUCCCUGCCUCAGAAUGAAUUACUGGCUCUUCCUUUGGUCGCUGCCUCAUGGCCACAGCAAGUGAUUUGUCCAGCACUCCAGUGCAGAAGGGCAUCUACCAAACCCCUCCGCUCAAAACAGCACUGGUGCCAUUGGCCAGUUCUAGGGGCAGUGACUACAGAACAAUCAAUCAUCCCAGGGGAAUCCCAGGACUUGUGGAGCUAUAGGACCCUCCAGAAAAUGGAUGUGACAAACCGAUUGUUAGCAAAAGUAAUAACAUCCAUAGCUGCUGUGCUGUUGCAUUAGAGAGGCACUAGACCCAUCGAAUAACCCAGAGUUGUCUGUCUUGACAGGAAACAAAUCAGGGAUCCUUUUGAGUGUGUUAUGGUGGGAGGAUGUUCUGCUAGGAUUAAAACGUCUCUCACAUGACUCUACAACCCUGCGAGCUGCCCAGCGGACGGGUAGGAUGCCAUGGUCACUGCUCCCUCCUGUUUUCCCAUCACUUCAUGCUACAUAAUGGGACAUGCCAGCAGCUAGUGCUUAUAGCUGGUGUGGAAAGGCCCAACUGCCGCCAAUGCAGGCACGUGGUCUGCCAGGCUGCUUUGAUCUAACAGGGGAGCAGCAAUCUGCUUUCCAGAGGGGAAUAUUGAUUGCUGUGACAGACGGGGCUGAAAUCUCACAGCCGUUCCUGCAGCCUUUCGGGUUGGUUCUGUUUCCUCCCCUCCUACCCAUGAAAAAUUCAUGACUUAGUGGGAGCUUGAGAUGACAUCGGCUCUCUCCCUUGUCCCUCUAGUUUCUUCUGCCCUAGGAGUGGCUCAUGGCUGGCUGGUGGGACUGUUGUGUCAGUGGUGAGCCCCCCCACUCCUCCUCUGCCCUUAGUGCUUUUGUGUACAAACUGGCACAGAGACUGACAGACCAAUGUACUGGCCACGUCACUGAUGCUGCAUAGAGAUGCUUUAACAAGGUGCUGUCGCCCUACACUGGAGCCCUGCAUGUGGAACAGAACCCCAAAGAGAACACUUCAGCUGCUGCUUUCAGGGCCACGUGGAAACUGGCAUACAGGGUAGGAGUGUUACUGGAUCAAAACCUUCCGAGCUGCUGCCGAUGGGUUCUCCCAUGUGCAGAGGAAAGGACCCGGGGCAGAUGCUUAGCUGCUGUAAAUCAGCAUAGUGCCCCUCAGUUCAGUGAUGGAUAUACACCAGCUGAGGCACUGGCCUUUAUUCGGUGGGGAAGAACUGUCACCUUUAUAAGAAAAUGCUGCUGUAACUUGUGAGUCUUAGGGAACCAGGUGACUUGAUGGGCAUUGAGAGUAUCUUGGAGACCAGGAACCCCCUGUUUGGUAUUCUCACUAGGAAAUUAAAAGGUUUA